CCCGCGGUAGCCGCCGCCGCCUCGUCUUCCUCUUCUUCCGCCGGGCCCAUGUCUGCCGGGAGCGGUAGUAGCGCCCCGGCCCCCUUCCCUCACGGCGGCGAUCCGGCCCUGAACGAGCAAGAGAAGGAACUCAAGCGGCGCCUCAAGCGCCUCUACCCGGCCGUGGACGAGCAGGAAACGCCGCUGCCUCGGUCCUGGAGCCCAAAGGACAAAUUUAGCUACAUCGGCCUCUCGCAGAAUAACCUGCGCGUCCACUAUAAAGGACAUGGGAAAACUCCUAAAGAUGCUGCUUCUGUUCGAGCCACCCACCCUAUACCCGCUGCUUGUGGAAUAUACUAUUUUGAAGUUAAAAUUGUCAGCAAAGGAAGAGAUGGCUACAUGGGAAUUGGGCUUUCUGCUCAAGGUGUGAACAUGAACAGAUUACCAGGGUGGGAUAAACAUUCAUAUGGUUAUCAUGGUGAUGAUGGACACUCGUUUUGUUCCUCUGGAACUGGACAACCUUAUGGUCCAACUUUCACAACUGGUGAUGUCAUUGGCUGCUGUGUAAACCUGAUCAACAAUACCUGUUUCUACACAAAGAAUGGACAUAGUUUGGGUAUUGCUUUCACAGAUUUGCCGCCAAACCUGUACCCUACGGUUGGACUUCAAACACCAGGAGAAGUGGUGGAUGCUAAUUUUGGGCAGCAUCCAUUUGUGUUUGAUAUUGAAGAUUAUAUGAGAGAAUGGAGAACCAAAAUUCAAGCUCAGAUUGACAGGUUUCCUAUAGGAGAUCGGGAAGGAGAAUGGCAGACAAUGAUCCAAAAGAUGGUUUCAUCUUAUUUGGUACAUCAUGGGUACUGUGCAACAGCAGAAGCCUUUGCUAGAUCUACUGAUCAGACUGUUCUUGAAGAAUUAGCUUCCAUUAAAAAUAGACAAAGAAUUCAGAAAUUAGUUUUAGCAGGAAGAAUGGGAGAAGCCAUUGAAACAACACAACAAUUGUAUCCAAGUUUAUUAGAAAGAAACCCCAAUCUUUUAUUUGCUUUGAAGGUACGUCAGUUCAUAGAAAUGGUCAAUGGUACAGAUAGUGAAGUACGAUGUCUAGGAGGUCACAGUCCGAAAUCUCAAGAUAGCUAUCCUGUUAGUCCUCGAUCAUUUAGUAGUCCUAGUAUGAGCCCCAGUCAUGGAAUGAAUAUUCACAGUCUAGCAACAAGCAAAGGAAGUAGCACACAUUGUUCUGGUUUUGAAAGUAGUUGCAGUAAUGGAGUGAUAUCAAACAAAAUGCAUCAGUCUUACUGUCACAGUAAACAUCAGUCCACCAGUUUGAAUGUACCAGAACUUAAUAAUCUAAAUGUAACACGAUCACAGCAGGUUAAUAGUUACUCCAAUAAUGAUGUAGACAUGGAAACAGAUCACUACUCCAAUGGAGUUGGAGAGACGUCAUCCAAUGGUUUCCUAAAUGGUAGUUCUAAACAUGAUCAUGAAAUGGAAGAAUGUGACACACAAAUGGAGGUUGACUCCAGUCAGUUAAGACGUCAGCUGUGUGGAGGCAGCCAAGCAGCCAUUGAAAGAAUGAUUCACUUUGGCAGAGAAUUGCAAGCUAUGAGCGAACAGCUAAGGAGAGAAUGUGGCAAAAACACUGCAAAUAAGAAAAUGCUCAAAGAUGCAUUCAGUCUACUUGCAUAUUCAGAUCCCUGGAGCAGUCCAGUAGGAAAUCAGCUGGACCCCAUUCAGAGAGAGCCUGUGUGUUCAGUCCUCAACAGUGCAAUACUAGAGACACACAAUCUACCAAAGCAGCCUCCACUUGCUCUUGCAAUGGGACAAGCUUCACAAUGCCUAGGACUGAUGGCCCGGUCAGGAAUUGGAUCCUGUGCAUUUGCCACAGUGGAAGAUUAUCUACACUAGCCAUGCAUAAGAUGACAACCAAGGUGUAUAAUGUGGCAUAUAUUCAACAUGAAAGUAGACCGGCUCUGCCAACUGGAGUUCAGAUUUUUUAAAAAUUAUGUACUAUGGACAGGUCUGUUGCUUUACAUUGCUUCCUAGUUUACAGCAUGACGCAAAUGAUUUUCUAAACUACUGUUAGGAGAAAUUUUCCACCUUUAACCAGAGUCAAAUAUCAUCAGUAAACAUCAAAUUGACAAACCCUUGAAUUGUUCCAAAAAACCAAAAAUGUCCUGCCUUCAUGAAAGGCAGGGCAAAAUAGAUAAUGUUGUGGAUGUGUUAGUAUGUGGGUGAUGUAAAUUUCAAGCAGGAUAAUUUGCCAACUUUCACCCCCAUUAUUACAUAGAUCAAUCAGUGUAAUUUGCAAAAUGCAUAAGUACCUGACAGUCUGGCUGUAUAGUAUUGAUGGGAAGAACUAUUUUUAAUGUGUACUGUAAAACUUGAAAUACUCAGGAGCUGAGUGAAUAUGUUUGUCGCUACUUACAAUCUCAACCUGUUUCCUAGUGGUUUUUGUUUUAACAUGGUCUUUUCAACUCUGUUUCCUGUUUAACUGCAGACAACCUACGUUGUAGACUCACCUGUUUAACUGUUGUAUUAUAACAGUAUUAUAUGUCAACACAGUGUGGUUAUGGCCUAUUUAUAUAAAAACCAAAUAUUUAGUCAGUUUCAGUCUUAAUUUAAUCUUUGUACACCCUGCAUUUUUAAAAGUGCUUAAAUGAGUACUCUAUUGCAAUAAAAUGUAGUGAUACCA